AUGACUUCAUCAAAAGCCCAAAAUGAAAGCAAUGGCACCAAAGCCAAAAAGCAAAUUUUGCUCAAUGCCUUCGAUAUGUUCACGGUUGGCCACCUGUCAUUCGGGCAGUGGCGAAACCCGAAGGACCGGGCCAAGGAUAAGCGCCGGGAUCUCACUUACUGGACCGACCUAGCCAAGCUCUUGGAUAAGGGGGGCUUCGUAGGCCUUUUCCUAGCAGACACAUUCGGUCCCUACGACACCAAUGGCAGCGGUGACGAAGAAUCUGGGCUUCGCGAUUACUACGUCUACCUCGGCCGUUUUGGCUGGAAUAUUGUGACUAGCUGGAAAGAGUCCGCAUCCAAGGCUGAAGACGCAGAGAACGGCAUCUACUCCGACUACUCUCAGAUCAGACCUAUUCACCACCAUGGCAAAUUUCACGUCGACGCGCCAUUCUUGACAGACCCAUCUCCCCAGCGCACGCCAGUUCUGUUUCAAGCCGGAACAUCGCCAUACACCAAGCUUAUGCGUAACAGAGCCGGAAUUAAGUUUGGCUCAACCCAUGCCGAAGGCAUCUUCGUCGCUGGUCUGUCACCUCAUGUUGUGGCACCUCGAGUCAAGGCUAUCCGUGAAGGCGCAAUCGCUGCUGGUCGCGAUCCCUAUUCUGUCAAGGUCUUCGCUAUGAUCACUCCCAUUAUCGGAAAAGACGAAGAAGACGCCAAGCGCAAGUACGAAGAAGCCCUGAGGUAUGUCUUGAUCGAGGGAGGUCUUGCUCAAUUCUCAGCUACGACCGGCAUCGAUGUUUCAAAGUUCGACCUUGACCAUGAGCUCACGGAAAAGGAUGUCGCAAACCAUUUGCAAAGGAUCCACUCUUCAUUGUACAAUCUGCGCUACCGCGGCGACGAUGUCCCCAAGCUGACACCUCGCAACUUGGGCACCGUCACGGCAAUCGGUGGCAAUGGAGCUAUGCCAGUUGGAACAGCCGCCCAGGUCGCGGACGUCUUUCAGGAGUGGGUUGACAUUGCCGAUGUCGAUGGCUUCAAUGUCGGAUACGUCAUCACUCCCGGCAGUUUUGAAGACGCCGUUGAAUAUCUCGUCCCUGAACUGAGAAGUCGGGGACUAUUGCCCGAAGCAAUCCAGGCGGAUGCUCCUGCGCCUACAUUCCGCGAGCAGAUCUAUGGUCUCGGACAGAAGGGACUGAGAUCUGAUCAUCCCGGGUUCAAAUACAAGUAUGACACCUAUGAGGAGACUGUUGCCAGGGAAUAG